UUCGACGAGUAUUUCUUUUAUAUAGUACAUAGCUAGGACGUCAAGUUAUUACUACGCGUGCGCACAAACAAAUCAGUUGCUCCGCCUUUCACAACUGAUUGCUAAUUGUUGCAUGACAGUCGUCUGUUGUCCUGCUAUGGAAGAAGACAGUCUGGACAAGCGGCUGCGUAAGAUAUUCGAUGCCUGUGAUGGUGACGGUGAUGGUUUCAUCUCGGUCGAGGAUCUUCGCAAUGCGAUGAGUAGCAGUGGACUCGGAGAUCCCAGCAGUUUCCUAGGAGAUAUUGAGGCUACCGAAGACGGUAUGGUUGCAUUCGAAGGCUUUCAGAAAGCGGUUUUAAAGCUGCAAAAUCAACUGGAGGUGGACAUUGGAAACGACGAGUACGACCUGGACGAGUUGUCGGGCGAAGAAUGUGUAGACGCAGAAGACAGCGAAUGCGGUGCUUCUGGAUCAGAAAGCGUGCGAACGGGAAGAGAAAGAAGUGUGGCGUCGUCGAAAGAUGAAGGAUUUAUCAACGAUGACGGGAUCCGCGAAACUGAAGUGAAGAAGGAUUUUGAAGGAUUUGGAGAAGGAGACGACGUGGAUGCUUUCGUUGACGCCGAGAGCACGCAGGGUCGUGCCUUUGGAUCCACUCAUCAACGCAAAGCGCAGGUUCGUUCCUUGCACUCGUCGCAACAGUCAAGUCUACAAUCAAGCGAGGAAAACAUUGGAGAUGCUGUCAAUUCUCUAGACGUGACGAAUUUCGAGCUGGAGCAGCAAGAGGAAAUCAGCAAGAUGACAAAGAAGGUAGAGGAAUUGAACUCGCAACUUGAAGUAGCUGCAACUGACACUAGAAAAUCUGUUGAUGUGUACACACAGUUGAAAGCUGAAAAUAACAAACUCGUGGAACGUCUUUAUCACCUGGAAGAACAAGUCCGAGAAAUGGAGAUCCUGAAGUCAGAGAAACAGUCUGUAGAAGUGGAUCUCAGGAAAGCAAUGUCUGAGCUAUCUAAGCAGCAACAUGAAAGACAACGUGAUAAUGAGUCGUUUUUGACACAAAUAAAUGAAGCAAACAGUGAACGAGAUGCAGCACAGAGGAAAGAAAAGGAGCUACAGCGAAAACUCUUGGUGGCGACUCAAGACUUGGAGAAAAUGAAGACACGUAUCAAUGAAUUGAAUACUCGAGAACAGGAGUUGGCUGCAUCAAUGCAAUCAGAGCGAGAGGCCUGGAAGACACGCAUGGAAGAAGCAGCUGAGAGGGAGGAGUCACUACGACAGGAAAUUAGUGAUCUAGAACAACAGUUGGAAGUUGCAGAGGGACAACUAGAAAGACCGAGAACUCUAUCGUUUGAAGAUUCGUCGCGAGAAGAGAAACUAAUAGAAGAAAACAAAAUUUUCAAACAACAAAUCGAAGAGCUAAAUGAUCAAAUUCACGAACUGAGAGCACAGUUUAUUCAACAAGGUCAAAUGCUUAUUGAUGAGGAGCAAACUGAGUCACUAGCAGCCGAAAUGGAGACAGCUUCAAAGGAUGAAAUGAUGGUCAUGUUACAGGACCUCAAUUCUAAAUACCAGCGAGUACGGUCCUAUACAGAGGGUCUGCUUGUUACAAUCAUAGACAAACAUCCCGAACUCUUAGAGAAGAAGUGAAUGUCAACAACUGGAGAGCUAUUUUUGCACAUUAUUUUUGACAAGACUGUUGAUUAUAAUACAAUGUGGCUGCUUGCAACAAUACAUUUACUUUCUAC